ACCCCACCCGGAGAGCACUUUUUAGAAGAGAUAAACUAUGCCAAGCACGAAUCCAGACAAAAAAAUAAUUUAAGAAUAUAUUGCGAUUAUUAUUCUGCAAAAAGAAGCUUAGCUUAUAGUUGUAAGUCAAUACGUAGUCGGAUCACCCUUAUUUUGCCUCCGUUUUCCUCUCUCGUUUCUCUCUCUCUCUCUCUCUACUCACACACAGAGUGGGAGAGGCCAUCUAAUUGGACUUGGAUCUUCGAUCGGCUGUUGAUCUUCUGCUCCGGUGUUAAGAUGGAGGUCAUCGGGCGAAGGUCUCACGCGAUUCAGAUGUGUAUGUACAUCACGCUCUUCCUCGUCGCCACCGUCGCUCAUUCCUUCUACCUUCCCGGCGUGGCUCCCAUGGAUUUCCUCAAGGGUGAUCUUCUCAAGGUGAAAGUGAACAAAUUGACUUCAAUAAAAACACAGCUUCCUUAUUCCUAUUACUCUCUACCUUAUUGUAAACCAGAGAAAAUAGUUGAAAGUGCUGAAAAUCUUGGAGAAGUUCUUCGCGGAGAUCGUAUUGAGAACUCUCCUUAUGUGUUUAAAAUGCGAGAGCCACAGAUUUGCAACUCUGUUUGCCGUGCUGUACUGACUGCCAAAGAUGCCAAAAAAUUCAAAAAGAAGAUUGAUGAUGCAUACCGAGUGUACAUGAUUUUGGAUAAUCUUCCUCUGGUUGUGCCUUACAAAAGAAAUGAUACAGACUCCAUGGUUUAUCAGCAUGGUUUUGAUGUUGGUUUCAAAGGGCAAUAUACUGGAAGCUCAGAGAAGAGGUACUUCGUCUACAAUCACUUGUCAUUUACUGUGAAGUACCAUAAGGAUGAAGAAAUGGAUGCUGCCAGAAUUGUUGGGUUUGAAGUAAGGCCAUUCAGUAUAAAGCAUGGCUACGAGGGUAAAUGGAAUAAUAAUAAGCGUUUAACAACAUGCGAUCCUCAUGCAAAACACACUAUAACUAGCUCCCAAACUCCUCAGGAGGUAAAGGAGAACAUGGAAAUUAUCUUCACUUAUGAUGUGGACUUUCAGGAGAGUGAAGUCAAGUGGGCUUCUAGAUGGGAUACUUAUCUCUACAUGCCUGAUGACCAAAUUCAUUGGUUUUCAAUUGUGAACUCUUUGAUGAUUGUUCUGUUUCUCUCGGGAAUGGUGGCCAUGAUUAUGCUGCGGACUCUGUACCGUGAUAUUUCCCAGUACAACCAGUUGGAGACCCAGGAAGAAGCUCAAGAAGAAACUGGGUGGAAAUUGGUUCACGGGGAUGUUUUCAGGCCCCCAACAAGCUCAGACUUGCUUUGUGUCUGUGUUGGAACCGGUGUUCAGUUUUUUGGAAUGAUAUUAGUUACGAUGUUCUUUGCUGCGCUUGGUUUCCUCUCCCCUUCCAACCGAGGAGGACUGAUGACAGCAAUGCUUCUGCUUUGGGUUGUCAUGGGCUUGUUUGCUGGAUAUGCCUCAGCUCGUCUCUACAAGAUGUUCAAAGGAACAGAGUGGAAGAAAAUUACUCUCCAAACAGCUUUCAUGUUCCCCGCAAUCCUCUUUGCUGUCUUCUUCGUUUUGAAUGCACUGAUUUGGGGAGAGAAGUCCUCAGGGGCUGUGCCAUUUGGCACCAUGUUCGCUUUGGUCCUCUUGUGGUUUGGAAUUUCUGUUCCACUGGUUUUUGUAGGUAGUUAUGUAGGAUUUAGGAGGCCUGCUAUCGAGCAUCCGGUGAAAACCAAUAAAAUCCCUAGGCAAAUACCCGAGCAGGCCUGGUACAUGAGCCCUAUAUUCUCCAUCUUAAUCGGAGGCAUACUCCCCUUUGGUGCAGUAUUCAUCGAGCUGUUCUUCAUCCUGACAUCAAUCUGGCUGCAUCAGUUCUAUUACAUUUUCGGUUUCCUGUUCCUCGUGCUGAUCAUCCUGGUUGUGACAUGCGUUGAGAUCACAAUGGUGCUUUGCUAUUUCCAGCUAUGCAGCGAGGACUACCUGUGGUGGUGGAGGUCAUACCUUACCGCAGGUUCAUCCGCACUCUACCUCUUUCUUUAUGCAACAUUCUACUUCUUCACGAGGCUGAGCAUCACCAACGCUGUGUCGGGUGCUCUGUAUUUCGGGUAUAUGCUGAUCGCUUCGUAUGCUUUCUUUGUGCUGACUGGUACAAUCGGUUUCUACGCGUGUUUCUGCUUCACGAGGCUCAUUUACUCGUCUGUGAAGAUCGACUAGAUAGUGAAAAGCUUACCUAUUUGACUCUAUUGUUUUGAUUCAUGCUAGUCAGCAGAGGCUCAACUGUGUCGGCUCCUCUAAUUUUAUUAUGUAGUCCUCUUUGAGCUAGUCAUGUACCCUACACACAGAUUUUUUCAUUAAUUAAUUAAUUGAAAGGUUAAUUACCUAUAAAUACACGAAUUAUAUCA